UCAUAGACCGGGGCAAGCAAGCAAAGCCGAAAAGCACAGCGAAUUAUUUUGAUAUACAGCCCCAGGCAGUAUUCGGUUGUAGUAUCUUCUCGUAGAAAUUACUCUUAGUGUUUGGCUGAUUCUACAUGUUCAGUGAAAACUACGCGGUCUACGUUAUAUACUAGUGGUGAUGUAGGGUCUUUCAACAUUCAAAUAUAAGGAUGGAGAAGGAUGAAGAGUAUAUCCCUGAUCUACCUCCGGACCCGGAGAGUUCUCCUCUCAACCCGUCCUUGCUCCGGGAAAGGUCCUUAACUCCGUUUCUCCGGUCUCAGGGUAGAACAGACGGACGCGGAUUAGUGUUCAACUCAAGAAUUAGUCCCUCUCCGGUCCGAACCAUGCGGAGGAGACGAAAACAUAUUACCUCUCCGACAGCAGGAGUCAGUUCAAGAGAAUUCACACCGAGAAACCUUUCAAAAGAGUUUCUUCUUAAUUCUUCUGACUCUGAAUCUGAACAGUACAAGCACUCGACACCGAUCCAAAGCAAAUCCACGAGAACCGAAUCCAACAAAUCCACGAAAAUGAUUUCCAAGAUGUCGUCUUCUAGGACUAAAGUGAUUCAAUUUUCUGAAGAGCAAACAAGUACUUCUUCUUCAAUAUCUAGUCAAAAAUAUACGGAUGGAAGGUUCAAAACACCUUCAAGAAACAAUUCUCUUAUAAAUGCUUCCAGUUUAAACGGAUCUCCCAAGCUCUUGUUUUGGGAGGGAGAUGCUUGGAAGUACAGUCCUAGAACCGGAUAUACGUAUGCUAAAUCUCUUACUUACAGGGAGACCAUUACACCUGGUAGAGAUGAUCCAAUGCCUCAUAUGGCAAGAUGGCCCCUGUAUCUACAUAGGGGAAAUACCGGAGUUUCUACUCAAACUACAACCCGGAGAGAAGAGAAGUUUGUUGAAACUAGAACCAAAAAGAAUCUACUCUCCGAGUUCUCUGAUGAAGAAGGGUUGGACGGAACCCAAGAGAAGAAGUUAAACUAUGGUUACCGAGGCCGGAGCUGGGAUAUGAAGGAAUCCUCCAGAAGGAACCAGGACGGGAAAGCAGGGUUCUCUAUCUCCCGAACCUUGUCCAGCUCCUGGCACUUGUUACUUUGGGUUCUCCAGACACUGUUCAGUAAAAUAUCUUGUUCUAUCCUUCUACUCCUCGUCCUUCUCUACACAGUAUUCAGUUUUCCAAUUAUACAGGCAACAAGAUUAUAUCAGGAUAGGGGUCGGUAUUUAAUCAACACUCUUUUCAGUCGAGGAUCUGCAAGAAGUUUGCUAUCAUCUUUAAGUACUACGGGUGCAGUACCCGUAAUGCAUUCAACUACUUCCAUCCGUACUUCCUCAACUACCUUUACCUCCUAUCCUCCACCUACCUCCAGCAAUAUAACUGCUACCUCUUCUUCUACCUCCGAUCCUUCACCUGCCUUCAAAAAUAUAAAUUCUACCUCCAAGACUACUGCUACCUCUAGCACUACAUAUGCAACCUCCAAUCGCAGUAUUAUAAACGCCAAUUCAAUGCUGAAAGCUGCCUCCAUUUCUUCUAAUACCCCCUCCGAUCCUCCAGCCUAUACUUCCAACCCUCCUACUGCCACUAGAACUAGAGUUAACUCCUAUCUCUUAUUAUCUAAACCCAGUGAUGCAGAUAUUCAAGAUGAUAAUAACCUAUCCAUCUGGUCCAGAACCUGUGAGUUUUUUUUCAGUAUUUUUUCCUCUACUACUGUUCUACAAUAUUUUCGAGCUACGUCUGCUACAAGAAGAUCUGGUAGUUUGACAGCAUACAAAGGGGUUCCAACCAGGCGUAGUAGAAGAUUACAAGGUUUACCUGCUGAACUUAUUGAAGAGUUAAAGAAAGCAAGACAGAGGAGAAGGUUGGAGAGACAGAUUAGCUCAGGUAGCACUGAAUCCGUCCUACUCCAGGCAGCAGAGGAACCUGAUCAAGAUGAUGAAGAACUAUUAGAAGAAAUCCUUCUUCAAAGAGAAGAACUUAAUGAUAAAGACCGAGAAAAGGAUCAACAUCAUGAAAAAACUAAUGUUUUUACAACCCUGAACAUUUUCUUAUUUUCAUUAUUCAACUCUCUGAAACAAUUGUUCACAAAAGUAGGAUUUGGAAAGAAAGAUGUCCAAAAAACUUUUCCUCUGAGGCGUAGUAGAAGAUUACAAGGUUUACCAGCUGAAGUUAUUGAAGAGUUAAAGAAAGCAAGACAGAGAAGAAGGUUGGAGAGACAGAUUAGCUCAGGGAGCACUGAACCCAUCCUACUCCAGGCAGCAGAGGAACCUGAUCAAGAUGAUGAAGAACUAUUAGAAGAAAUCCUUCUUCAAAGAGAAGAACUUCCUCUUCAAAAAGAACAAGAAAAUCAUGAAGAAACUAGUGUUUUUGGAAUCUUGAGCACUUUCUAUUUCAAAUCUUCGAAUUUUCUGAAACAAAUGUUCACAAAAGUAGGAUUUGAAAAGAAUUUUAACCGACAAGACUUACCUCUGAGACGUAGUAGAAGAUUGCAAGGUCUGCCUGCAGAAGUUAUUGAAGAGUUAAAGAAAGCAAGACAGAGAAGAAGGUUGGAGAGACAGAUUAGCUCAGGGAGCUCUGAACCCAUCCUACUCCAGGCUCCAGAUGAACCUGAUCAAGAUGAUGAAGAACUAUUAGAAGAAAUCCUUCUUCAAAGAGAAGAACUUUCUCCUCAAAAAGAACAAGAACAUCAUGAAGAAACUAGUGUUAUUACAAUCUUGAGCACUUUCUAUUUCAAAUUUUCUAACUUCUUAAAACAAAUGUUCACAAAAGUAGGAUUUGAAAAGAAAUAUAACCGACAAGACUUUCCUAUGAGACGUAGUAGAAGAUUGCAAGGUCUGCCUGCAGAAGUUAUUGAAGAGUUAAAGAAAGCAAGACAGAGGAGAAGGUUGGAAAGACAGAUUAGCUCAGGAAACACAAGCACUGAAUCUGUCCUACUCCAGGCUCCAGAUGAACCUGAUCAAGAUGAUGAAGAACUACUUGAAGAAAUCCUUCAAAGAGAAGAAAAUAAGAAUCAAUACGAAGAAAAUUUAAGUAUUCUGACAAUUGUAAGAAAUUUCUGUGUUUCAUCAUUAAAUAUUUUUACAGAAAUCUUCACAAAAUUCGGAUUUGGAAAAGAACAUUUUGCUAAAAGAUCGCCACUUAAACGAAGCAGAAGAUUACAAGGUUUACCUGCUGAAGUUAUUGAAGAGUUAAAGAAAGCAAGACAGAGAAGAAGGUUAGAGAGACAGUUUAACUCAGGGAGCACUGAACCUGUCCUACUCCAGGCUCCAGACGAACCUGAUCAAGAUGAUGAAGAACUACUUGAAGAAAUCCUUCUAAGGAAAGAAUCUAACGAUGUUUUGCAAGAAAAUGUCAAUACACCUGGACAAUGGAAUGAGUUUAGAGCUCCUGCUGAGUUGAAAGGUUGCAAUCAUAAUGAUAAUGAAAUGUUUGAACUGAGUGAAGAUGAAACUGAUCAAAUAUUUCCAAACCAAACUAGCAAAUAUGAAAACUCCUGGAAACAGUUUCUCAGGUUUCUUUGUCUUCCAGUUUCCUGGAUACAUGGAAAGUUGUCUAGUUCAAUUCCAAUGAGUAAUACUGUUGGGUUGAGGAAAAGUAGAAGACUCCAGGGUUUACCACCACACAUCCUAGAGGAGUUUAAUAGGAUAACAUCAAGGAGAAUAUACGGAGAAUUAUCUAUAAAUCAAGAUUUAACCCCGGAAGAUGAAAAUAUCCUUAAUGAUAUACUGCUCCGAGAUGAAUUUAUCAAAGAGCCACGUGAUAACUCUACUACUGGAGAAAACAAGGCAAUGAUAAGUAAUGGAGCUUAUGAAUAUAAUGUUAGCGGAGUUGUCCCAGCUGUUUGGAACCAAGCAUCUAGAUUAGACUUUUUAUCCUUUCUUCUCUCUUUCCUUCCAAAGUUUUUAAAUCUGAAUUCUGUGACUCAAGAUGAAUUGAAAGGAACCACGGAACCUGAUUUAUCCCAGGAUGUCUUAAGCACUAAUAUUUGCGCAUCUAGACGCCCUGAAAUUUUAAUCAACACUUCUCAUCAAAAUGAAAUUAUAAGGAAGGCUAGAUUGCAAGAGAAACAUAAGUCUUCAAAAUCCCGAAUUCUCUGUUGGAUUCUUAUCCCUUUCUUUCUUGGAACUUGUUUUCUUCUAGUCGACCAUUUUCAACUGUUCAAUACUUCGUUAGAAAAACUUGGAAACUUGACAAUCAGUUUUAGAGAGAACUGUUAUAAAUAUUUAUCACGGAGUAACUUGUUCAUUGUGUCCAGUCUCUCCGGGAUUCAGAACUCAUUCUCAGAAUAUCUCAGUUCUAUUGGAGAAAUAAUUUAUGAUGUUUCAAACUCAAUUCUCAACUUCUUUGCAUCCAAACUUGAAGAUAGUUUAUCAUUCAUCCAAUCCUUGUUCUCUUGGAUGGUCCAGCUCCCAUCAACUGGAAUAAACUGGAGUUGGAGAAUUGUUUCCAAUGUUAGUUCAUCAGGGAUUUCUUCUUCAAGGAAAAUAAUCCAAACUGUUCAACAAAUUAUAGAGGAAAUUCUAUCUCGAGACACAAUUAAUUUUGGAACCUGGACUUGGAACCUUGGAUCUUCAAUUGGAACCUGGACUUGGAACCUUGGAUCUUCAAUUGGAACCUGGACUUGGAACCUUGGAUCUACAAUUGGAACCUGUAUUUGGAACCUUGGAUCUUCAAUUGGAACCUGGACCUGGAACCUAGGAUCUUCAAUUGGAAUCUGGACUUGGAACCUUGGAUCUUCAAUUGGAGCCUGGACUUGGAACCUUGGAUCUACAAUUGGAACCUGGACUUGGAACCUUGGAUCUUCAAUUGGAACCUGGACCUGGAACCUAGGAUCUUCAAUUGGAACCUUGACUCAGAACCUAGGCUCUUAUAUUGGAACCUCUACAUGGAACUUAGUCGCUUCUUUUGGAACCUGGACCCAAAAUCUAGGUUCUCAUAUUGAAACCUCUACAUGGAACAUAGGCACUUCCUUUGGAACCUGGACAUGGAUCCUAGGUUCUUCUAUUGGAACAGGAAUCCAGAACUUUGUGUCCUCUAUUGGAAUCUGUAUUUCUGAUCUAGCCUCUUACAUCCAAAACUCAACCUGGAACUUAGGCACUUCCUUUGGAACUUUGACAUCGAAUUUAAGCUCUGGUAUUGGAACAGGGAUCCAAAACUUUGCAUAUUCUAUUAGAAUCUGGGUCCAGAACCUAGGCUCUGAUAUUGUAACUUUUACUUGGAACCUAUGUGCUUCCUUUGGAACCUGGACAGUGAACCUGGGCUCUGAUAUUGGAUCCUCCACAUGGAAACUAUGCGCUUCCUUUGGCACCUGGAUAUGGAACCUGUGCUCCGAUCUUGGAACUUCUGCCUGGAACCAAGGAUCUUCCUUAGGAACGGCUAUCUUAACUUUACCAGCACAUUUUGGAACAGGAAUUUAUUCCUCUGGCGCAGAUGUUUCUACUGGAUUAUUUAACCUUGGAGCUUAUAUAUGGACCUGCUCCUUCAACAUUGGAUCUUAUAUAUUUAAUGGUUUCUGGAAUUUCGGAACAAAUAUAUUAGAUUGGAUUCUAAACCUCGGAUUGGGACUCGGAACUUCCAUGACAAGUUUAGGUGAAGGGUUUAUAAGUUUAACUUAGAGUCAAGGAUUUGCUUUUGGGUCUGGA